AUGAUGUUAAGAUGAAUAGAGUUUCCACAUAUGUCCCCAUUAAGGAAUGUCCUUUAUUUCCAAGCUGUUCUUGGACUCCUCGCCAAUACGUUUCUUCUUUUUUUCUACACUUUCAUAAUCCUAGUGCAUAAAUCUAAGCUCAUAGACCUGACCUCCUGUCAACUGACCUUUGUCCACAUAGUGCUGCUCCUCGUUGGGGGGGAAAUCGGGCUUACAGAUAUAUUUGAGUCACUGAACAGUGAGAAUGACUUCAAAUGUAAGGCAACUUUUUACAUACACAGAGUGAUGAGAGGCCUCUCCAUCUGCAUCACCUGCCUCCUGAGUGUGUUCCAGGCUGUCACUAUCAGUCCCAGUACCUCUUCACUGGCAAAAUUUAAACAUAAACUAAAAAAAUACAUGGUCUAUUCUUUCUUAUUUAUUUGGGCUCUCAAUUUGUCAUUCAGUAGCAUCAUUGUCUUCUACGUUGGUGCUUUUACCAAUGUGAGUGAGACCAACCAGAUGAAGUCCACCAAAUAUUGCUCACUCUUCCCCAUGGACUACAUCAUCAAGGCACUGAUUUUAACAGAGACAAUCAUCAGAGACGUAUUUCUUGUAGGAGUUAUGAUGACCUCAAGUGCAUACAUGGUGAUUAUCUUGUUCAGACAUCAGAGGCAAUGCAAGCAUCUUCAUAGCCUCAGUCACCUGAGAGCGUCCCCAGAGAAAAAGGCCACACUGACCAUCUUGCUUCUGGUGGUUGUCUUUGUGGUCAUGUACUGGGAAGACGUCAUCAUCUCAUCCACCGCAUUCCUGUCAUGGAUGUACCACCCAGUCAUCCUGAGUGUUCAGAAGUUUGUGAUGAAUGCCUAUCCCACAAUUGCACCUUUGGUACAAAUCAGUUCUGAUUACAGAAUAAUCAAUAUGCUGACAACCUUGCAGUCAACGUGUCACCAGAUUUUUAAAUAA